CAGCUAAAAGCUGGACGGUUGAGGAACUCGUUUGUGCCGCGGCGGGCGGUGCGCGGCGAGGCAGGGGCGGGGAGAGGCAGCACGUUCUCGAGGAAGUCAGUCACUCGGCUGCUAUGAACGUGUUGAGGCGUAUCGCGUAUCUGUAUCCCAGAGUCUGCCCACGACACACUCGCAAGAAGCAAAUAUCGCCCUUACUGAAGGACCUCUUAAGACGGAUUAUUGUGCGCGACCCGUGACAUGAGUACGGAGGUUAUUCUUCCCUCGCCCAAAGUGAGUCUCCUGGAUUCUGGCACCUUGGGCAGCGUGGACCCCAUGGCCUUGCCCGCGGUGUGUGGCCCCCACCGGGGCACCCGACGACCCUCGGGCACCGCUGAGAGCGAGAGCGACUCUCCGCCCAGCAAGAAGAGCAAGAAGUCUCGCCGCCGUAGAAAGCGACCAUGGCAGCGCUGCCGCAGGAGCGGGCUGCGGACCAAGCCCGUGGCGCCCUUCAACACCACCCAGUUCCUGAUGGAGGAGCACGACCUGCUGCAGGACACUGACAUCGUGGCCCGCCCCCGUCGCAACAGAGACUCCUCCUUCAGCAUGGAUUCCGAGGACCAGUCAAACCAAUACUACUCGUCGCCCGAGGAUGAGGAGGAGUUCCUGACGAAGGAGUUUUGGACGGCUUAUGAAGAUGUUCAUGCCGAGCGACUUGACACCAUGACGAAGGCACAGCUGGUGCAGGAGUAUUUGGCACUGGAGGAAAAGGUGGACUUGUUGGAGCGCCAGUUACGUGCUGUGAGGGCCCGCCACCGCUACCGCUUUCAGCCGCAAGAUGAAGAGGAGGACGAUGCUGUGGGCCCCGGCGAGGUGCGGGUGGAUCCAGAGACCGCACAGAAGAUUUCCAUUUUCCAGUCCGAGAUCACCAGCCUGGAAAUGGAAAACAGGCGACUACGAGAGGAGAACUUCGAGUUGCGACGCUUCUCCGCAACCAAAUCUUCAUCAUCCUCUUCUUCCUCGUCCUCGUCCUCGAGCAGCGGUUCAAGCAGCAGCAGCAGCAGCGAUUCAUCAAGCGACAGCGAGCAGGAGGGAGAGGAGAGUAAACGAGAGAGCACCACAAUCCUCCCUCAGGAUAAUGCUGCUCCCGUCAAUGAGUGCCAACCGGACAGUGGGGUGUCGUGUGACAGUGCCGAACCUGUAGACCCUCCAACUUCGUCUGCAACUGUGGUGCCGUGCGAGGACUCGCAAGUUCAGGUGCCGUGCGAGGAGCCUCAGGCAGGUGUGGAAGAAGUGACGGGCAGCAAGGGUGGGGAGGCUGGGGAACCGGAGGGGGAGGUGUCCAGCACCACGACGGCGUAGCCCCCCUCCCCCAACCCACCAUUACCAUUACCGCUCUCAUCUGUGAUCCAGGACUUUACUUAGGUUAAGGUCUACACGAGUGAUGCCCACGCCUGCGGUGCUCCCUGCCGUUUGUGCCAGCAGCCGCUUGGAAGGAAGAAGCUGAGGCCGCUGCUGCUGCUGCGAGCUGAAGGAAACUCAGGACCAACACUUGCUGUAGGGUUUACUGAGGUUGAUCUCUUGGAUAUUCAUGUUCAUAAUGUUUAAAGAUUUCUUAAUUUACCAUGUAUUUUCAGCAGUCGGCCGUAUUUUCAUUAUAUACUAGUUUCCAGAUACCAGUCCGCCUUGAAGUUCAUGACAACUGUGUAUACAGAUGAAGUCACUGGUGUUUAUCAUGCUGAAAGUAAAAGUGUAUUGGUUUUAGUGGCAGAGUUGUCACCAAUUGGAUAUUGCAAGGCGGCGCUAGGGCGGGAGUGGCGUGCCACCCCGGGCACAUCUUGAAGCUAGUCAUGGCCUCUCCGCCAAUCGGUCUAGACAUGAAAAGGAAAGAUAGCCAAUUCAACAGGAUAUAUAUGAAACGGUAGAGGUGUGCGUUGCUGGCGAGCACUCGCUCGCUCCUUGGCUGUGACCUACGCUUGGGAUCCUUGCUCUGGGGUCCCCUUGUUGAAGUGCUUCUGUUGACAGUGUCCCCGGCAGUUUUAACCCUUCUGCUUUGAGUCUCCAAAUGUCUAUUUUUCUUAUCUAUUUGUGUGGAUAUGCAGGUUUUAAGAAGCAUGACAGGUCUCAUAUGGAUCAAAAGGGUUAUGCAUUUUCCCCUUAUCUGAUAAGGCGCGUCGCUCUGUAGUGUUGGGUCAGACUCAGUCUAUUGCCUCGCGCGUCUGGCUGCCAAGCUAUGGGCGUGUGGGGAUGGGCGUCUGCUGGACAUAUCCUGUUAUUGGCGGCAGAACAUUUUCUGCCAGAGUUCUGAAAUUGCUCAACAGAACUUAGUGAUCUCUUUAUUAUUUUUGUUCAGUUUUAUUCAUCUGUUUUAAGUUAGGAGCUGUUUCAGAAUGCUGGCUCAAGCGAGUACAAAGUUCUCCCCUGUCUCCUCGUGUUUAUUUUUUUAAGAAAGAGUUUGUUAUAUAAAGAUAUAUAAAAUGUAAUAUAUGUUAUGAAAUGCUAAAAAAAUCCCACUUGAGGUGUAUAUGCAAGAGGCGAGGAGGGCCAGUUGGCGGUACCUGACUUGUGUGAUCAUCUUUCCUUUUCAAAGUGUUCGUGCUUCCGCGAAACAAUAUUGUCAAAAUAAAAACAAAAAUAUGUAAAUGAAAAAUUCG